AUAAGCAUCGGAAUUCUGCUCCCAGCACACAACUUCAACAUUGAUUGAUCUAACUCUUUCACAAGCAUAAACACUACAUAGUAUCAAUAAUCAUUUGACAUGACCUCGAGCUCUCAGAAUGGCAUCACCCAGAACGUUGCUAUCGCCCAGAAUGGUACCAUUGUCCACAAUAUUUUGAACAGAAUAACCGUCAAAUUGUGUCCUCCUUCCUCCGAGGCAUACCGUUCAAUUAUCCCUCAGCUUGCAGUCCUACUCAAAUCCUGCGUAGACACCAACAUCACGAUGAACUUUCUUCAACCCUUCUCUAUCCAGGACGCAUCAGCGUUUUGGCUUUCGGCCGAGGAAAAAGUAGUGCAAAUGAAGCAGUUUGUUCUUAUCGCACAAGAAUCCCAAGAAGCCCAGGAGAAGGAGGCAGAUGAUCAUGAUUUUCACCAUGAAAAACUUGAACCGCCAGUGAUCCUCGGCUGUGUGAUACUCUACCUUGCCCAAACUCCGAAUGCAAAACAUUGGGGGGAGGUGGGUAAGUUGAUCAUUGGAAGCGAACAUAGGAAACGUUCACCCUGCUCAUGUUAUGUACCUAGAGGAAUAGGAAAGAUGUUGCUUGAUCGCAUGGAAGACGAAGCUCGAAAACACAGUCUAAAAAUUCUGGUCCUUGACACUCAAACAGGUUCUGGUGCAGAAUUAUUCUAUGAGCGUGUUGGAUACUCCAAGGUCGGAGUGCUUCCAGAUGUCAAUUUAGCUCCAGAUAGGGGCCAAUACACCAGUUGUACAUUCUUUUAUAAGAGGCUCUGAAGGUGAAGGGGACUGAAGCUGGCAGUGGCAAGGGUUGUUCUGUGCAUUCUGAUGUGACUAAAUUACGAGGCUGUAGUUUACGGAAGUAUCGUCCUUAUAUACACCGCUUCAUACAAUUUUAAUUUCCUUUUAUGGUUGUAGUUUCUC